UCAUAAAUAACAUUGAUUUGUCCCUGAGUGUGUGUGUGUGUGGUGUUUAUUUGCUUGUGAAAUAAUAUUAAUAAAAAACAUCGCAUCACAUCAAUACUUCCGUCGUAUCUUGGCUGAAGAAGAAAAGAAAUUAACACCCGAAAAAAUUUUCACUAUUUGUUUUUUUGGCUGGUGAAAUCAAACAACUACAACUAAGUAGCUGUUGUAUCCAAUUUUUGGCUGUAUCCAAUUUUUCUUUCCUCCAUCUAAUUAAACAAAAGGCAACAGAAAAAAAAUGGCAAAUUCACCCGAUCAUUCACCAGUUGAUGAUUCAAUCGAUCCGGACAAAGAAGCAAGGAUGUUAUUAAAUCCACCAACUGAUUCGGUUCAAUUUACAACCACCAAUUCAGCAACUGCACCACGUGAUCCAACUAAUGGACAGGUUUUGUUAUCACCUACUGGAUCAAAUGGUGGUGUACCAAAUUCACCAUCAGCUAUUCGUAGCGGUGUUGGUAUGACUAAACAAGAAUUAAUGAAAUAUGCUAACGAUCCAUUUUGGGUUCGUUUGCGUACAUUUUUAUUCAUCUUGUUCUGGGUAAUUUGGUUUGCAAUGCUUAUUGGUUCAGUUAUUAUUGUAGCUAUGGCACCUGGUUGUCCAGCUACAGCAUCAUUACCAUGGUGGAAAAAAUCAUCAAUAAUGCAAUUAUAUUUGGGUGAAACACCACCAACAAAUCGUAGUAUUUAUGUUGGUCAAUUAUCACAAAAAUUGGAUAAUGUUGAAUCACGUUUGCAAGAAUUAGCUGAUAAAAAUGUUGAUACUAUUAUUAUCGGACCAUUCGAUGCAUACAUUUUAAUGGAUGCACCAAAUGAAAAUAAUUCAACUAUCGAUUCGAUUAAUGUACUUCGAUCAAAAAUUCAAUCAUUAGCUAAAAAUGAUAAAGAAAUUAAAGUAAUUGUUUCAUUACGUUUACAACAAACACCUGAAACAUUUCAUUGGUUUAAUUGGUCAAAAUCAAAUCAAUCGGAUUAUGAAGAUGCAUAUAUUUGGUCGAAUGAAAAACCUAAAACACAAUAUUAUAAAUAUGAUGUUGAUCGUUUACAAUAUGUUGCAUUAGGUUCAAAUGAUAGUCCAUUAUUGAAUUAUGGUUCAGCUAAAGUUCGUGAAUUAAUUCAUAAUACAAUAUUGGAAUGGAUGAAAACAAAAAUUGAAGGUAUACAAAAUGGUGCUAUUUGGAUACAAGAUCCAACAACUGGUGAAUUGAAUAAAUCAAAAGAAGCUGAAUUAGAUAUGAAACGAUCGGUAAAAACAGCCGGACAGAAUAAAGUAUUCUUGAUUACUGAUCAACAAUUAGCUGAAAGUGCAUUCGAUGAUGGUGAAGAAGAAGCAUCAUUCGAUAUGGCACCAGAUUCAAAAUUUUGGGAAGAUUUACAAAAAGAAUUUAAACCAGAUCCAGAAAAAGGAUUAAAAGAAUUAUUUGAACGUCGUUUUGCACCAUAUAUUGAACAUGAUCAAAAAUCAAUGAAUGAUCAGAAUAAAACUGAAUCAGAUAUUUUAGUUACAAGAGAAAAUGUUGGUAAACAUUGGCGUUCAUAUCAGAUAUCACAUCCAGCCGAUCCAAUCAAUCGUAUUAAUCGUGAAUGGGGUCUAUCAAUGGCUGAAGGUGCAUUAAUUGCCAUAUAUAUGAUGCCACGUGUUACACCAGUAUUACAAUUUGAUUUAGUUGCUAUACCGGAUAUACAAUCCAUAUUGAAUAAAUCAACUAUACCGGAAAAAAUGUUAAAAUUAAGACAAGAUUAUCCGGAAACAUUUUUAGCUGGACGUACAAUAUUACCAAAAGUACAAGGAUCAUCAACAAUUUUUGCAUUAUAUCGUGGUGCUAAAAAAGAUAAUGGCUAUCUAUUGUUAAUUAAUCAACAAACAAAACAACAAACCAUAUCGAUUGAUUCGAAUGAAUUACCCUAUCAAGAUACAGUCAUAUCAAGACGUGUUAUUUUAGUGAAUAGUGAUUCACAAACAAAAGAUUCAAUCAUUGGUAUUGAUAUUAAUCUUGGUCAGAUAAAAAUGGAUGCCAAACAAACAUUAUUGAUUGAAUUUAGUGUCAAUUAAUCAAUUGAUGACAAAACAAAAAUCGUUUGAAUUUCAAACUAAUUAAAAUUAAUU